GGCAAGCUUGUGUGCGACUGUUGCUGCAUUCCCGCUGUAGGCGUAACCCACCAUUAAAUCAGAAGUCUGUCUGCAGAUACUUUUUUCCCCUUACGACUUUUGCUUUGUUUUGUUUUUUUAACAUCACUGCGUCCAAGUUAUUUACACAAUGGACAAAGACUCAGUGCUGACUCAUAUCCUGAGGUCAAAGGGCAUGUCCACACUUCUUGGUGGAGAGCUGUCAGUCAGUGUGAUAAACAACAAGUACAUAUCCCCACUGACUUCUGAAGCUCAGGUGACGGAUAGUAAUGUAGAAGACAACUCACCCACCCUUGAUCAUGCAAUCCACGCCGCUCUGUCUGGUGAAAUCAAGACUGUGGUACUGGUCGGUCUUGAAGGAUCAGGUAAAACCACUGCUUUGGAGAACCUAGUAGUGGACUGGGCAAAUGGAGAACACCUUCAAAACUUUUCUUAUGUUUUCCAUUUCCAAUUCAGGGAGUUUAAUUCUCUUGAUAACCGGAUGCUCUCCUUGGAGGCGUUAAUGCUACACCAUCACGGUCAUAUCCCUCCUGAGUCCAUGCACCUGGUUCUGCAGAAGCCUGAGGAUGUGUUGUUUGUUUUUGAUGAUCUGGAUCGGUACAAACGCAGCCUGGACCCUUCUGUCCACACCCUCUGCUCUGACCCCAGCCAGGCGGUCUCAGUGUCCUGUUUAGUGGCCAGCUUGCUACAUGGGUCACUGCUGAAAGGAGCUGCCAUCGUGGUGGCAUCCAGGCCGACAGGAUGUCUGAAGUUUCUGAGUGGCACCAGGGUGGAUGUAUUGGGGUUUCUGAGGCCACAAAGAGAGGCCUACUUUAACGGGUUCUUUACUGACCCAACUGCUGCCAACAAAGCAUUUACGCACAUGGAAAAGACUCUAGGCUUUUAUGAUAUCUGUACCACCCCAAGAUUUUGUUGGACAGUCUGUUCUAUAUACAAGUCUCUGAUGGAUGCUGGAGCAAAACUUCCUGAGACGUUAUCUCAGCUGUAUGUAGAUAUCCUGGUCCACCUGAUUCAGACGCUCUCGCUGAACGAGGCCUGCAACAGAGAACUAGUGCUUGCCCUCAGCAAGAUGGCGUCUCAUUGCACCCUUGACCAGCAUUCGAGCUGUACCAAAGAGGAAAUAGAUUCCUUUGGUUUUCAACGGUUUCUCACCACACUUGGUGUUUUCUUGCAAGUAGAUGGUCACCAGUCGGAGGUCUUUUCCUUCCACUCCCAACUGAUGCGGGAGUUCCUCUUGGCCGUGUCUUUCUUUUUGGACACGUCACCGUCUGAGGGCACGGAGAAGAUGGUGGAAAAGCACAAAGGCCGUGCAAAGUUUCUAGAUAUCUUCCUGGCAGGACUCUCAGAGCCAAUUCAGCGCAGACCGCUGGAGACCCUGCUGGGGGAGUGGAACGCUGAUCGCAUCAUGGAUUUCAAAUGCUGGCUUAAAAGCAGCUCAGAGGUGACACUGAAGGGAUGGUACAAAGACCAGCACCACCACUGCUUCCAUCUGCUUCAUCAAGCUCAAAAUGAGAGUUUGGUGAAAGAGAUCAUCACCCCCUCAGCGCGAAUGGGCAUCAGCUAUGGAGACCUCAGCCUCCAGGACUGUGUAGCUUUGAAUUAUGUUAUCACGUGCCUCGGAGGGAUAGAGCAGUUGAAUCUGUAUCGUACAAAGAAUUUGACAGAGGAGGCAGCAGAGAGGCUGGCUCCAACUAUGAGCUUGUCACAUAAGAUCACCUUGUUAGACAGUUUCUUGAGUACUGGGGCUGUCAAUCAUCUGGCUUCAGCUCUCAGCAGAGGACCCACCAAGGAGUUGGAUCUCUCUCACACCGGCCUCGGCGAUGAAAAGUUCAAAAUUCUCUGCGCUGGACUCAGAGACUGCAAGCUGCACAUAUUAAAACUUAAAGUGUGCAGACUGACAGAGGCAAGCUGUGAAGAUCUGGGGUCUGUCCUGACCUCAGGCACCUCUCAGCUGUGUGUGUUAGACAUUACGUUUAAUGAGAUUGGGGACCAGGGCUUUACGAAACUGUGCAAAGCGCUGCAUAGUCCUCACUGCAAACUGCAGGAGCUCCAGCUACAAAGCUGCAUGUUGACUGCUGCAUCCAUGGAGGCUUUAUCAGCAGCUUUGCGCUCUGGCCAAUCACAGUUGAGAAAAGUGAACUUGACACAAAACGCGAUUGGUCAUAGUGGAGUGGAGACUUUGUGUAAAUCCCUGCAACACCCACUUUGUAAACUACAGAGCCUCAAUUUAUUUGAUAGUGAGCUGACAGGUACCUGCUGUGCUCCUUUGAUGGAGGCCUUGAUGUCAGAGCACUGCUCUCUGUCAGAGCUGGACCUGUCAGUGAAUGAUUUGGGCCAGGAGGGGGCACUGCUGCUCUGCCAAGCCCUCAGUCGACUUGGUUGUCCAAUGGAAAAACUCAGCUUGACAAAAUGCGAGUUAACCCACUCGGUCUUCAAGGAACUGGGUUCAGUGCUGAGAAGUGAGGUUACUCGACUUAAGUCUCUGGCUGUAGGUAUCAAUGAAGUAGGAGACCAAGGGGUUAAACAUCUUUGGGAUGCUGUUGCACAUCCAAGCUGCCAAUUGGAGGAACUGAACGUUGAAAUGACCGGUUUGACUGAUGCCUGUGUUGAAGACUUGUGUGCUGCUAUAAGAGCCAGCAAGACUUUAAAGAGCCUGGACCUGAGAAACAACUCACUGACCGAUGCGUCUGUCCCAGCCCUCAUCAAAGUCAUGCAGGGCAGCCACAACAUGCAGGAGAUGAAUCUGAAGUACAACGACUUCAGUGAAGACGUUUUUGACAUGCUGGAAGAGUGUGUUAAGAUAAGAUACUGAAGAGGAUGAAUUCCCCUCAAAGGCCGCAAGAGGAUCACAUGCAGUACUGUCAUGAGUGCUGCCAUGCUGUUGUUAAAGCGGAAACAAUCAGUGGAUAAAUGCAUUUGUCGAUCUGCAGAAAAAUCAUGACAUUGGGGCACAUUCACUUACCUCAGCUUCUUAACUAUGAAAAUGUGCUUUUCUUUUGACUUACACAAAAGUAAAAGAAAUAUCGUUAGGCUUGGACGGUUGGGUCUGACUUUUAAGAACUUGUGAUUGACACUUUUUUUGCUAUUUAUAGGUCAAACGAUGACUCACUAAUGAAAAUAAUCGUCAGUUGCAGCUCUACUCAUCACAGUCAAGUUCAUCAUCCAUAACAUAAUAAAGAUUAUACACAUUCGUCACUGGAUUUGAUACAAUGUUUUAUUAAGAAACCUUUGGUAUAUUAAGAGAGAUAGUUGCCAUUUCGGUUUUUGAAGCUUACAGAGUAAGCAGUAUACUCAGUACGGCAGAUGCAGUGAUUGUUUUUCAGCUGUAAAAUAUAUUACCGACUUUGCUAAUAAAAUGUAUUUACAUGU